UUCGAUGUAGUCAGUCACAAAACGUGCACCGUUCGGGAUGGAGGUGGAUCUACUCUGGCUAACACUGAUAGUAACCCUCGUUGGUUACCUUUACUAUCAACUGACGAAGAACAAUGAAUAUUUCCUCGAGAAACCAAUCCCUUCGCUUCCGGUGCGUCCCUUCUUCGGAUCGUCGGCUGCGCUACUGCUGAAACAAGCCACUUUCUCGGAUUUUAUCAAGAAUGCCUACGAGAAGUUCCCGGGUGUUAAGGUUUUCGGGAUGUUCGAAACCACGACGCCGUUCUUCGUGAUCCGGGACCCGGAGCUGAUCAAGCGGAUCGCCGUGAAGGAUUUCGACCACUUCGUGGACCACCGGCCAACGUUUGGUAACCACGAGGACAGUGACAAUCCGUACGUGCUGUUCGGCAGGUCUCUGUUCGCGAUGAACGGACAGCGCUGGAGGGAUAUGCGAGCCACGCUGAGUCCGGCCUUCACUGGGAGUAAGAUGCGACAGAUGUUCGGACUGAUAGGGGAGUGCGGAGAGGACAUGGUUCGAUUUUUCGAAAAUCAGAUGAAGGGCAGUGGUUCGGUCGAGGUGGAAGUGAAGGAUAUGUUGGGUCGGUUUGGUGUGAACGUGAUCGCAACCUGUGCGUUUGGGUUGAAGGUAGACUCGUUCCUGGAUCGGGAUAAUGAGUUUUAUCGCCAUGGCAAGGAGAUGAUGCAGUUUGGGAAGUUGAGUGUGUUGCUCAAGAUAAUCGCGUUGCGUAUGUUGCCAAAGUUUUGUGCUUGGCUUGGAGUUGACGUGGUUUCCAGGGAGCAAGCAGUGUACUUUUCGAACAUAAUCAAAGAAACUGUCCGAAGUCGGGAGAGCCAGGGAAUUGUAAGGCACGAUAUGGUGGACUUGCUUCUACAGGCUAAGAAGGGGACUUUGAAGCAUCAUCAGGAGAAGGAGAUGCAGGAAGGAUUCGCUACGGUUGAGGAGUCGGAUGUGGGAAAGGUCGAGAUGACCAAGCCGAUGUCGGAAGCGGAGAUGAUAGCGCAGUGUUUCAUAUUUUUCCUGGCCGGUUUCGACACCGUUUCUACGAGUGCUAUGUUGGCGAUCUAUGAGCUUGUUCGAAAUCCAGAAAUUCAGGAAAAGUUGUACGAAGAAGUCAAAAAGACCCAUUCGGAGCUCGGUGGAAAGCCUCUGACGUAUGAUGCGGUGCAGAAGAUGAAAUAUAUGGAUAUGGUGGUGAGCGAAAGUCUCAGAUUGUGGUCACCGGCGCCAGCGAUCGAUCGUCUCUGUGUUCGUGACUACGUUCUAGAUGACGGUGAGGGUCUCAAAUUCACUAUCGACAAAGGCACCUGUGUGUGGUUCCCGGCCCAUGGUUUGCACCAUGAUCCCCGCUAUUACCCCAAUCCGGAAAAGUUCGAACCGGAACGAUUCAACGAUGAAAACAAGAAAAAAGUCCACUUGGCAACCUAUAUGCCGUUCGGAAUUGGUCCCAGGAACUGCAUUGGGUCAAGAUUCGCUCUGAUGGAGGUCAAAACUGUUAUUUAUCAUCUGCUGCUGAAAUUCUCGUUCGAGCGAAGCGAGAAUACUCAGAUUCCGCUGAAGUUGAGGAAGGGAUUCACUGCAUUGGGUACGGAGAAGGGAAUGUAUGUGCGACUGCGGGCGCGUAAAAAUGUUUAAGUAGCGAGUGAUAAGAUAGGUGCCGCGAUACAAAGGGAGCUUAAGUUUGCCUAUCAACCAAAACAAAUAGAUGUUACACCAUUCCAGUCACGUUGUCAAUAUGUAUAAAAAUAAAUGUGAAAUGAAACAUG